CCUCCCCGGGCCCCGCCCCGGCCCGCCGCCAUGUUGUUCCCUUGGUGCUGGACGUGAGUAGGUGGAGUUGGACCCCGGCAGCGCUACGGUCUCCUGCCCGCGGGUCCCCGACCUGCUCUCCUCGUUGCACUUGGACGGGCCAGCCGGGAGCUCCCCGGGCGUCCUCUGUGUGGCCACGAGGAGAAAAGACGAGUUCCCACACCCACACAACCCGAGGAGAGGGACACACACCCAAACACGCGGGGACACAUGGAGAGACGCCCAAACAUCUGGAAGACACACGCAAACACCCGGGGAAAGAGAGAUCCAUAAACACCUGGGACGCACACGGACUCAAACGCCGGGGGAGAGCGACACCCAUUUUCACCAUACCUGUCUAAGACUAGGCCCUUCAGUAUAUGUACUACUUCAUUGUGGUGGUGGAUGUAACUAUUAGGCGAACUCUGGGGAUAAUGAUGCUGCUUGAGCUGAACAAUUAAGGGUUCUAAAGUCAAAAUCGUGAGAUUAAUAAUGGCAGGAAAAUCUUCACUUUUUAAAGUAAUUCUCCUUGGAGAUGGUGGAGUUGGGAAGAGCUCUCUGAUGAACAGAUAUGUGACCAAUAAGUUUGAUACCCAGCUCUUCCAUACAAUAGGUGUGGAAUUUUUAAAUAAAGAUUUGGAGGUGGAUGGACAUUUUGUUACCAUGCAGAUUUGGGACACGGCCGGUCAAGAGCGAUUCAGAAGCCUGAGGACACCAUUUUACAGAGGUUCUGACUGUUGCCUGCUCACUUUUAGUGUCGACGAUUCUCAGAGCUUCCAGAACUUGAGUAACUGGAAGAAAGAAUUCAUAUAUUACGCAGAUGUGAAAGAGCCCGAAAGUUUUCCUUUCGUGAUUUUGGGCAACAAGAUUGACAUAAGUGAACGUCAGGUGUCUACAGAAGAAGCCCAAGCCUGGUGCAGGGACAACGGCGACUAUCCUUACUUUGAAACAAGUGCAAAAGAUGCCACAAAUGUCGCAGCGGCCUUUGAGGAAGCAGUUCGAAGAGUGCUUGCUACUGAGGAUAGGUCAGAUCACCUGAUUCAGACAGACACGGUCAGUCUGCACCGAAAGCCCAAGCCUAGCUCAUCUUGCUGUUGAUCGUUAGAGAGGUUGCCCAUGCGAUCUAACCAACUUACACACAUUCACAGAAAAACAAAACACGGUGGAGCAGAGAAUUAGCAUUUGCAGCAAUGGAUCAUCUACUCAUAAAAUUAAACUAACCAUAUUGCUGCUUUGUUAGUGGGUGGGAGAAGGGACACAUCCACUCAUGGAAGAAUCAAUGUACUCAGUAGUGGCACCUUACAUUUAUAAAUUGUAAUGGUUGUCUAAUAACAUUUAAUUUAAAUAUGUACCUUGCAGAGCUAAUAAAUGAGAUGAUCAAUACUUUAAUUAUAAUUAAAACACUUGAAUAUUCUGGAAGUUAUUGUUUGUUUUUCCUGGGAAAAUGGAGAACUACUUUUUAUAUGUGUAUAUUUUUAUGUAAUUAGCAUUCAGUUCCUGGUUGAGGGGAAAAAAGAUUCCCUAAAGCAAUAAUGUUAAUAAAGAUUAAAACCGAA